AAAACUGUUUAUUAGUCUGUAAUCAAUAAAGAACUUUUGAACAAUUGUCUCUGCCUGUCAUUAUCUGUGUUGAAUCGGACUUGAUAAAUUAGUUUAUCUAUCAUAUGACCGAUAGGGGGCGCAACAUUACAUUGGACCUUCAAAGGAAGUGGAACAUCCCACCGUCACGCCGGCAAACUGUUCUUUCUUACUAGCAUUUAAAUUUAAUUUAGGUAAACAUGGCAUCGGGAAUAAAAAUCGACGAUUCGGUUAAAAAAGCAUGGGCUGGAUGUAGUAUGAUGAGUGUAAAAUCCAAAAAACUCAAAUAUGCUGUUUUCAAAUUCUCUGACGACGUAAAAAAAGUCGAAGUGGAGAAGACCGGCUCAACUGAUGACGGAGAACCGUGCGAAUACGAUGUUGUUAUCGGAAGUCUGCCUGCUGAUGAUGUUCGAUAUCUUGCGUAUGAUUUCGAUUUUUGCAACAAAGACGGCACCAAGAAAAGUGAGAUGAUCCUGGUUUCAUGGCACCCUGAGAGCUGCUCUGUCAGAAAAAAGAUGAUCUGUGCCUCUUCCUUCAAUGCCCUGAAAUCUGCACUUUCUGUUAGCAAGAAUGUCAUAGAAGGAGAUAACUAUAGUGAAGUUGAUACUAAAGCAGUUUUAGAGAAACUUGGAUGGAAAGCAGCUUAAGAUGAAGAGGAAUUUAUUAGUUAGUAUAGGUGUGCUAACAGCUUUUUGAGACAUCAGUGUAGGAUUCUUGUAUGGAGGGGAAUUUUUUAGGUUUAGCAACAACUUUGCAACAAUCUUGAAAUCUAUUUUUGAGAACAUUAUGAUGGUUAUUGGAUUUUUAUAAAAAUAUUUUCAUUGUUAAAUUGUCAUUUUUCUAAUAGAUAUGCUAACCAUUACACUCAUCCUACAAAGAAAUGUUACAACUGGGGAUAUGUUUUUAAAUUUACCAACAAGCAUCAUCUUUCCCUUUAUUUUGCUUAUAAUGUUCAUUACUGUAAAAGUCAUUGAAAAUCUGUAAAAUAUAACUUCUAUUCUUUUGUGUUAGCAUUAGUUGGUUAUAAAAUGUCCCCUCCAAUGUAUGUUUUUGUAAAAUAAUUCAUUUCAGUUACGACAAGUUAAUAAAAAAAAUAGGCUUUUCUUUUUUCUGUUGCUACAUAGUAAUUUUGAAAUUUUCUGUCAUGUCUUGUUUCAUCAUAAAAAAAUCAUCUCUUGAGUAAUUUAUUUGUUGAUUAUUUUUUUAAAGUAUGUAACAAAUCAGUAGCCUGGUUCUUGUCUUAUAGAUUGAGAAUAUUUAUAUCAAAACCUAGCCACUGUGCUGUGUAAUAUAAUGGUAAUGUACCUAUAUACUGCUUUGAAUAAUAAUUUCAUUGUUAAGGCUAUCCAGUCUCAUUUGUAAUAUGACAGUUUUCUCUGCUAAUUAUUAGUAUUUAUAACAUUGUGCUCAAUAAAGUUUUUAAAUAAAUUAAAAUUAUACAAAACUUGUCACAUCUGUUUUUACCAAUGGUUAAUCAGUUCUGUUAAAUGUUUUAACUCAGUUUGAUAAUCAGUCCAGAAAAGUGUUAACUGAUAAAAUAGAUCUCUGAAUUUGUGGUGUGAUAUUAACAAAAGUAGGUGUGUCACAUAGACUUGAACCAUCCUGUUGGUGGACAGCAUGAAUACAUUCAACAAUGCGCUAAGAAGUAAAUUUUUUGUGUAUACAUUUUACUUAAACUGUGAGCUUGUUUGAUCUCUGUAUUAUCAAUCUCAUUUGUACAAUGAGAACACACUUAUUUUGUAACUUCUUGGAUGUGAAAAAGUCAUGGCAUUUAGUGACAUCUAUUCUUUUUGUAAAACUAGUCAACCGCCAUGUUAUCGCGGUUAGCAAGUUACUCUUCAGUCUAGAAAUAUCUAAACCAAUUUAAUGAAUAGCAAAACUAGUAUAAAAGAAAAUUGCUGACUGGUGGGUAGACUGAUAUUCUACUCACUGAUGCACACACCCUCUGUGUACCACAUUUUAUAUUCAUGCAAAUAAUUAAUAAAACACUGUUACUA